ACAUUGACAGUUGACGAACAAACCAAACAAUUUGUCGUGUGAUUUUUCUGUAAAAUGAACGAAAAUGACGAUGAACUCACUACUUUUUGUGACUCAGCGGCAUCCUUAGUGGAAGGUUGUCGUUUGCCUGUUCGUAUGCAAGGAGGCGACGACUGGCCUUUAGCAGAAAUUAUAAGCAUCAAGGAAAGUCGAGGACAGAGAGGAUACUAUGUGCACUAUGUUGACUUCAAUAAACGCUUGGACGAGUGGGUCGGGGAGUCAUGGCUGGACACACGCAAGGUCCAGUUCCCUCGCCGGGACGGAGCGCCGACCGGAGGCACCACCACACCGAAGAAGACUCACAUUGGUUCAGGAGGUGGCGUGAUGCCUACUUUUAUUAAUGAUACAGUCUGCAACGAAAGCCAGAAGUCUAGUAGCAAUAGCAUUAGACCCACCCUCGUGAGCCAACCCGCUCAGCCCAAAAUAGAGAAAGCCCACUUUAGCAAUGCACUCAAUGGUUCCACACAAAAACUUGCACAUGGCGGCAUGCCGGAGCCCCGUCAACUUAUAUCGCGGCCAGCCAGCCCCACGCUCACCCAUGACACGUCAUCGCUUGUCAACGGAGGCGCGGUACUGGCUGCAGCGCUGCAGAAAAAGAUGAACAGGAAAAGGAAGGCUAACUCCUUGGAUAUAGAGCCUUCAGAGCCCAUACCGGCAACAGAAUCCGAGACAGGCGACACGAUAGCGAGUGGCGCCGCCACUCCUACGGCUAGACCUAGGCAGUCUGGCAGUAUGGUCGCCCACGGUCAUGACGACCUGGUGACAAGAAUGAAGAAUAUAGAAAUGAUUGAGCUUGGACGACAUAGAAUACGGCCUUGGUACUUCGCACCAUAUCCUCAAGAAAUGGUCAAUUUACCGUGUAUUUAUAUCUGCGAAUUUUGUUUGAAGUAUAGAAAAAGUAAAAAGUGCUUGGAAAGACACUUGAUCAAAUGUAAACUAAAACACCCUCCAGGCAACGAAAUAUACAGGAAAGGCAGCAUAUCGUUCUUCGAGAUAGACGGACGGAAGAACAAAUGCUACGCUCAAAACCUGUGCCUGCUCGCCAAACUGUUCCUUGACCACAAGACAUUGUAUUAUGAUACGGACCCGUUCUUAUUUUACGUCAUGACAGAAUUUGACUCUAGAGGUUUUCAUAUAGUAGGAUAUUUUUCAAAAGAGAAAGAGAGCACGGAAGACUACAAUGUAGCAUGUAUAUUAACACUACCUCCAUACCAAAGAAAAGGAUAUGGAAAACUCCUUAUAGAAUUUAGUUACGAAUUAUCAAAGUUCGAAGGCAAAACGGGUUCCCCCGAGAAACCGCUGUCGGAUUUGGGAUUGUUGUCUUACCGGAGUUACUGGGCACAGACAAUCCUGGACAUACUGAUGCACAGCAAGCCAGUGGGAGACAACGAGAAACCUAUCAUCACCAUCAACGAAAUAUGUGAAUUGACCAGCAUAAAAAAAGAAGAUGUAAUAAGCACACUGCAAAACUUGAAUCUGAUCAACUAUUACAAGGGACAGUACAUCAUAUCCGUCAAUCAGGAAACGAUACAGCAACACGAAAAGGCAAUGGAGAAGCGAAUGUUACGGAUCGACCCCAAAUGUCUGCACUGGACGCCUAAGGAUUGGUCUAAAAGAGCUAAGUGCGUGUGAAGUGACAGUGUUGCGAAGAUGCGAGCUAUCAAACUGGCUUCAAAACGUAACGCCUUCAGAAAACGGAUCAACCAAGCCAACCUCAACGUGUGUGCGUAUCAAAUUUUCAAUUAUCGCCGUGUAUUUCAUAUGUUUCCAUUAAAAUUUGAUAAUUUUCACUAAAUUCGUUAUACUAAAUCUUAUCUCUUGCUGCUCAAAUUAUUUUAUUUUACUUAUUUUCUCGUAGAAAACGUGUUCAAUGUUCUAAGUUAAAUUGUAUAGACAUACUGCGGCUUAUUAUGC